AUGACGUGCUGUCACCACAACACUAGUGGACUCCUCCAUACCAUCCUAGACCUCCCCAAAGCGGGCUACUACUAUGGGGACAUAUCAGUGACUGAGGCGGAAGCCAUGCUGCAGGGGGAACCAAACGGUGCCUUCCUGGUUCGCGACUCGAGCGACUCCCACAGCAACUCCGAUCUCUUCACCAUCACGUUCAAGAUCCAGAACAGAUUCGGCUCCGUUCGAAUCGACUACGCCAAGGGCUAUUUCAGUCUGUCGCUCCAAGACCCGGGCCUCCCUCUCUUCCACACUCUCAUGGAUCUCAUUGCAUACUGCCAGCACAGAUCCACAGUUCACAAGCUCCCUGUGUGCAUUCUGACCGGCCACCGGAGAACUCACGACGUCCACCUGUUCCUCACCAAACCAGUGUGCAGACUGCGACAGAUGCACUCUCUGCAGUACUACUGCCGUCAGUCAAUCCAGCGAUUCGUCACAAGGGACCACCUCUACAGUCUAGGUCUGCCCAGGAGACUCGUAGAAUUCUACCUCUCCCUGAACCCCUACUUUGACGAGCAGCUGUACCCCAUGGAGGAGGAGGAAACAUGGAAGGGUGGUAGGGACAUCGAUUCGCAGAGUUCCGGGUCUCGCAACUCGCUCCAACUUGACACAGGCACCUCAUGA